AUGUUUGCCAACGUCGUGCAGCCGAGCAUCAUUUCGCUGUUCUCAUCAACAGGAAGUGCUCCGUUACAACUAUUUUCGCAGCAUGUCGAUGCAUCUCCGGCACUCCGGUCGGAUUCUUUGAUUCAAUUGUUGGAUGACUCGACGUCCACGCCUGCUCCACCUGCUCCAGGUGUGCUUAUCUUGCUACACAUCCAAUCGCCGACAUUGCGCACCACGUUUAUCCGCUGUCCACCCCUUCGUACGGCAGAGUCGUCGUCGGCACUGAGAACGGAGCUCGGCUUGACGCUUCCUUGGAUGUAUAUUCAAGCUCGUUCCCUAGGCCGUGAAUGGGCCUUUGAGGUCGGCAUUACGGACACGGCGGGCAGACGAGGUGUAAUUCGAUGCUCAACAUUUCAGAAAGAACCUGCUUUGAAAACCAAUCAUAACCCCCCACUACUUCAUAUUCCCUUGCGUCUACCGACCUCUCAGAUCCUUACGUCCUGGAGGAUAAUUUCCAUUGACCUAGGAUAUUUCACCCAGCAAUUCCAAAGGGCACGUUCUUUCUCUCGGCGAUAUUCGCGCGAUGGGCGAAGCACUAUGGCACCUUUACCAUCAGGGGCGUUCGGUAAAGUAACGUACGUGAAGGUAUACGCAAACUGUCGGCUAAGGAGGAUUUGGUUCAACGAAAACAAGCACAGCAGUAAUCUUCCCUGGGAGUUUGAACUAUACGCAUCCUCUUCCAAGUGA